AUUAUUAUAUUCUUGAAUUACAUAAAGAGGCUAAAGAAUUAAAACAAGUUUUAAGUGAGAGAGGAUUGUGGCUAAAAAAGGGAUUAAAAUUAAAAGAAAAUACAAGAAUUAAUGAGUCAAUAGCCAGAUUUUUUGGCACAGAAAAA